AUGCUCCGCGGACUCGACAACGGUGAGGCCUCGCAGGAGCUUCCUGCCCGGUCGGUCAGGAGGAAACGGGUCGGCUGUGAGGGACGUGUCCUUUGUCGCAGAGAGGGGUGCGUGUAUGAGGAUGGCGAUCAGCGUGAUUUCAAGGUAGGAAUUCCACCACCGACUUGCGAGCAACGCGUGUCUGCGAACCACGUUCUCCCGAGCUUGCCGCUGAUCUUCAGUAGCGUGGUGGAGCAAGAUAAGUCGGACGUGACGGGAAUGGGACUUGACUUGCGGCCGCUGAACAAUGACGAGCCCACGAGGGGCUUUUUCAGGAACUUCGUCUACUAUGGCACUUCUGAAGCAAUUGUUGGACACAUUCCGGUCGAAGACUUCGGGUCCGCUGCAUGA